AUGUCGCAGCCUACUCUCUACGCUGACCGUGCAGAAUGGAGCGACGUCGUACCCAUUGAACAAUACGAGAACACUACUCCUUUAGCGCCAAUAUUCUACAAAAACGAAUACAAAGAUGCAACAAAUUACUUUCGUGGAAUUGCCAAGACUGGGGAAAAGAGCCAGAGAGUCCUUGAGCUUACUGAGCACCUAAUCCGCCUCAACCCUGCUCACUACACAGCUUGGCAGUACCGCUACGAAACUCUUUUGGCUAUCGGCUCCAAUUUCGAAGAUGAGCUCCGUCUUAUGGACGAGCUAGCCAUAACCCACUUGAAGACUUAUCAAGUGUGGCAUCAUAGACGGUUGUUAAUGCUCAAGAUCUGCAAACCUGCUCGGGAAUUGGAUUUCAUCGCUAGAACGUUCAAGGUGGACGCGAAGAACUAUCAUACGUGGUCGUAUCGGCAAUGGAUUCUGGCAUAUUUUAACGACAACGAGCUGUGGAGCGGGGAAUUGGACUUUGUUGAAGAUUUGCUGUAUGCUGAUAUUCGAAAUAACUCUGCAUGGCACCAUCGGUUCUUCACUGUAUUUCAAUCCGGAGUUCAUGAUGGAGAGGAGGACAGAGAGAGGGUCCUCAAACGGGAAUUAAUAUACGUGAAACAAAGCAUAUCUCUGGUUCCGAACAAUGCCUCAGCGUGGAACUACCUCCGGGGUCUCUUGGAGCAUAAUUCCAUACCCUACUCCAGAGUGAUCUCUUUUAUCCAACCAUAUACAUUAUCGAUGGACGAGCAAACAGCGGAUUUGGUCGAUUUGGAUAAUCCACCACCAUCUAAAGGCGCACACUUGCCUUGUGCUCUUGCGAUUGAGUUCCUUGCGGAUAUAUACGAAGCAGAGGGUGGAGAUAGGAUGUUGAACGCCACGGAGCUAUGGAAGUCUCUUGGAAAUGAGUACGACGUUGCUCGGAAAAAGUAUUGGGAAUAUCGCAUCAGGGAAGGUCUACGAGCUAUUCAGACAUGA